CCCGUUGUUAUGGAGCUUGGACCAUGUAAACAAACCGCAAGCCCCCACCACUCACAACGUUGGAAUUCACGCGCCAUCUGGAUCGAGAGAGAUUUGACAUCAUACCAGAGACCCCCAAAGACAUCACCCACGAGGAUCACGACCCUUAAUUAUUGAAAUUACCUGCCCAGUACUUGCAUAACUUGGAGUCUUAACCACAUUCUUAUCACACGCAAUGUCUCCUCCGCGCCGUCGCUCGGCCCGGUUGGCCUCUGGUACUACCCCUAAGAAACCUGCAACAUCCAACUUGACUUCUGUCGUUGAAGAUGCCGAGUCGCCUGAACGACUUCCCCAGCUGAAGAGUCACAGCAAAGCGAAAGGCAAAAACAAUGCCGCUCCAUCUUCACCAGCGCCUGCGCCUUCGACGCCAGCGUCAUCGGCCAUGAAGCCCCCCCAUGAAGAAAUGCACCCAAGCAAAGCCCAUCACAAUAUGGGGGAACCCUCCUCCGCCAUGAGGCUGGGCUUCACAGAUAUCAAGGACACCAGCCGACCUGGCGUUCCGCCUGACACACCGUCCAAGAUUGGGGCUCCUGCUUCCGAUUUCACGUUCCGAUUUACGCGCGACACUACCGAUUCCACCCUCAGCGGUGAUGCGCAACGUCUUAUGGAGGAGCUCCGCGGACAGGCUGCCAAGAUCAAGGCUGAUAUGAUCGCAAAGCGUGAUGCAGAGAGUGCUGAAGAAGAUGCUCUUGGCCGCAAGAUUGCUAAACCCAAGGGCAAGACAAGUCGUUAUAGCGCGGCGCAUAUGGCGGAGUUCAAGAAGAUGGACUCUAUCGAGAACCAUGCGUCUGCUUGGAGAGCUCAAAACGGGCGCUUCCAGCCUGUUGUUCAGUCACUGAAGCGCACACCUUCAAAGGCUAACCUGGAAACGACACCAACUUCUUCUCCUGAUAAGUCUGGUCUGAAGCGAUCGCCCUCGAAGGCCGAACUAGAUGUUCCUACGCCAUCAACGCCCCGCAUUACACAGAGCCUGAAGCGCAAGUCGUCACGUGCUAACCUUGAGGAAUACCAACAAUCGCCUUCGCCCAAGAAGUCCACUAUGCCUCCGUCCAACAUCCCUACCGCCAUUCCCGCAUCCUCCAAGAAGGCACAGUUGUUCCCUAAUGUACACCAACGUGUUCCUUCGAAGAGGCUCAAGCAGCGAAUGGAGGAUGACGCGACAACAAAUCGACCUCCAUCACGCGAUGACUCCUCGAUUCCUCGACCCAAGUCUAGUGGAAGUGGGUCAACCAAGUUGCCUGCCUCAAGCUUAAGUCUGGCACGGCUCAUGAGCCCUACGAAGGCGUCUCUUGCUCACACAGGCAAACCGACCAUUUCUCUCAUCAAGUCUCCUUCCAAGGUCGACCUGAAGAGUGGUCUGCCAAAAUCCACCAGUACUUCUCACCUCAUGCCUGGCAAGCCGACCACGCCUAGAUCUCGAGUCAUUAGCCCGGGCCGCUUCGAUAGAGUCAAGUCGAUUUUGCGCGGAAACCGAACACCUUCUGGCAAUGUUCAAACUGCGAUCCCACAGCCCAUGGUCUCUCAGACACCUGCUCCACCUAAGGCCGAUAAGGACAAGGCUUUGCCUCCUCUUCCGUUGACUACUCCUCGACGAAAGGUAACAAAGCACGUCGCUUUCACCCCAGAGGUCACGCGCAUUGCAUUUGAGCAGAACUCACCUUCCCCACAGAAGUCUUGUCUCAAGACUCAGUCAACACGAACUUUGGCGGACGAGCAGUUUCAAGGCAUUGAUGGAACACUUGCGAAGGCGGAUUCUGAUGAUGUUGUAUACCCUGAUCUCAGUGGCUUUAGACCCCUGCCCGAGCCUCCCAGCAAACAGAAGGAUAAUGCACCUGCAUCUGUCCCUGGCAAGUUCACAUUCCGCAGUGAUCAUACGAUCGAGUUUGGCGACGUUCCCGUGCUAGGCUUUGGAGCGUCCCCUGGCCAGUCGAGUGUUCGCCAAGUCCGACAGUCACUUAAGCCUAAUGCGAAGAUGCCCGGUAGCUUCCCUGGUCCUACUUCCCCGAUUGGCCUCAACAAGGAGAACAAGGAACCUGGCUCGGCUAAGAUUCUGGUUGGAGCGCCUCAUGGCAUGUCCAACAAAAAGCGACACCGAACCAGUUGGGACGAGGAAGAAGAGGAGCAGAAGAGUGCCGAGCGUGCAGCCAAGAAGCGUAAGGCUGAGCACGUCCCUGAAGGUGAAGCCCUUCUUGCUCCUCGUCUUGUUGGCGGCACCCCCAGCGCAAAGAAGGUCCGGUUUGGUAGUGCGACUCCGCGUACCCCUGCUUCUGCCAGCCCUACCAAGAAGCGCGCAGUCCUCAGCUUGAGCCGGCUUAACAUGCUUGCUCGUCCUAAGAAUCGAGCUUAGGUUUCCACACGGUUGGAAUCCACCGAAGUGCAGCUAUAGCUGCGAAUUUUUGAAAAUUGAAUGUAUAAUACGACCUUAUGUGUCUGUCGUAUUCUGGAGAUUGUCACGACAGAUGUUAUAGAGUCACUGUUAUUUGCUUCGUCCUGUAGCAUGUUGGUCACUCGAUUCUGCUGACACCCAGAGCUUGACACAAGAAGCUAAUGAUGAAGCGUACUUUGAUUAAGCUGGAGUUUCGAGAUUGUUUUUACCUGGCUUUUUAUGUUGACAAAGUCAAUGACAUGCUGUUUUUACCACACAAGACAAAGGAUUUGGGUCACUCAAGGAUUAGGGGUUUACGGGGCGUUAUGGCAAAAUGCAUCAGGUUCUGAGAUUAAAAUUCAGAUGAGAUAGUUCAUCAUUGUAUUUGAUUGUAUAGGGUUGUGUAUAAAUUUCACACGUAUCUCUCCC